CAGAGGAACUGCCAAGGAAUGAGGAGACUCCAUUUUUAUUUAAAUGCAUGGCAGGAAAAAUAAAAGAAAAAAACAAAAGUUCACGGGCGGACUCAAUUAUUACCAUUCGCCAAUAUAUGGAGCAGCGCAAUGCUCUUCAUGACAGCGAUCCGCUCCAAUAUUGGCAGAUUAACAAGGAACAUUUAUUUGCACUUGGACAAUGCGCAAUAAAAUUCUUGUGUAUACCAGCAAGUUCAGCUGAAUCAGAGCGCACAUUUAGUAAAACAGGAGCUAUUGUGACGGAACGGAGAGCAUGUUUAAAACCUAAACAAGUGAACACAUUGGUUUUUAUUAACAAAAAUCAAUGGCUACUUUAAAAUAACUGUGAUAUUGGAACGAAUUGUUUUUUUUUUUAAAUAAGAACCUCUCAUUAGCAUUAAGUUUGGAAAUCACCUUUUGUUUUGUAGUAUUUAAGAGUAGCAGCUAUCCGCUGCAUAGUACAAUAAGGACCUCUCAUUAGCAUUAAGUUCGGAAAUCGCCUUUUGUUUUGUAGUAUUUAAGAGUAGCAGCUAUCCGCUGCAUAAUACAAUAAGGACCUCUCAUUAGCAUUAAGUUUGGAAAUCGCCUUUUGUUUUGUUUUUGCUUAGAGAGAUUUUUGUUUUCGUUUUUUGGACUUAGGACGAGAAGUCACCCUUUUUUUUAUCUACAAGUUUAACUUGAAACUAUAAAUUUUGUUUUUAUAUUAAAGAACAUUCACAAAUUACAAGCUAAAAUCAUUUUAAUAUAUUUUCGAUGGAAUUAAUUUAUAAAGGGCUAACUUAUAGUAGUUAAAUUAUACGCUAGAUAAUUCGUAUCGAUGAUUAUAGACAAGGUCAUGAGUUCUGAUACUUUUGGUUGACCCUUUUUGAAUAUUUGAAACUUUGUAAUAUUGAAAAACGACACCAAAAUAUAUAUUAUAUGUUGAAUAACUCGUUUAAAUUUUCGAUGGAACCAUCGAUAGUAUCGAUGGUUUUUUCCAUCGAUGGAAAAAAUAUCGAGUGGAGCAACCAUCGAUGGAUUCCC